UGCUCACCAGAGGUAGGAAGUGGGGGCGUGACUUCAGGAAGGGCCCAGAGCCCUUGAUGGGCGUGGGGAUUGGAGUGAGGACAGGGUUGUCACGAGAACAGUGGCUGCAGAUGUGACCAGCUGGUAGGAAGUGGCCACUUGAGUCACAGAUGCUUCCUGGGCUGGCCAGGGACUGGGGGUGCCGGCUGCAGCUGGGACCCCUUUUGUAUCUUGCUAGCCUGGCACCUGGGUGCCCGGGAGGCGCCACGGCUGGACACAGCGAGCUGGGCACCCCGGCCUCCAUAACCCACACUCCAGUCCUCCCACGGGCUGGCUGUCGAGCGGCCCUGGUGAGUCUGCGGGGGCAGGGGCAGCCUUCCCGGUUUAUCUCCCCUGGCAUGAUCUGCUCAUCCGCCCAGGCUCCAUCCAGAAGCUAGGGCUCAGGGUCUGGCGAAGCAGGAAGCCUGAGGCCACAGCCCAAAGCAGCCUGAGUGCAGUCAUGUGGGGGCGACUGCUCCUGUGGCCCCUGGUGCUGGGGUUCAUCGUGUCUGGCGGCACCCAGACCCCCAGCGUCUAUGACGAGGGUGGGAGCACCGGAGGCAGCGAUGAGAGCACGCCCUCAAUCCUGCCGGCCCCCCGCGGCUACCCAGGCCAAGUCUGUGCUAAUGACAGUGACAUCCUAGAGCUCCCGGACAGCUCACGGGCGCUGCUUCUGGGCUGGGUGCCGACCAGGCUGGUGCCCGCCCUCUAUGGGCUGGUCCUGGCGGUGGGGCUGCCGGCCAACGGUCUGGCCCUGUGGGUACUGGCCACGCGGGCACCUCGGCUGCCCUCCACCAUGCUGCUGAUGAACCUGGCAGCCGCUGACCUCCUGCUGGCCCUGGCACUGCCCCCGCGGGUCGCCUACCACCUGCGUGGCCAGCGCUGGCCCUUCGGGGAGGCCGCCUGCCGCUUGGCCACGGCCGCACUCUACGGCCACAUGUAUGGCUCGGUGCUGCUGCUGGCUGCUAUCAGCCUGGACCGCUACCUGGCCCUGGUGCACCCACUGCGAGCCCGCACCCUGCGUGGCCGGCGCCUGGCCCUUGGACUCUGCAUGGCUGCCUGGCUCAUGGCAGCCGCCCUGGCACUGCCCCUGACACUGCAGCGGCAGACCUUCAGGCUGGCACGCUCCGAUCACGUGCUCUGCCAUGAUGUGCUGCCCCUGGACGCACAGGCCUCCCACUGGCAACCGGCCUUCACCUGCCUGGCGCUGCUGGGCUGUUUCCUGCCCCUGCUGGCCAUGCUGCUGUGCUACGGGGCCACCCUGCGCACGCUGGCGGCCAGCGGCCGGCGCUAUGGCCACGCGCUGAGGCUGACCGCGGUGGUGCUGGCUUCCGCCGUGGCCUUCUUCGUGCCCAGCAACCUGCUGCUGCUGCUGCAUUAUUCGGACCCGAGCCCCAGGGCCUGGGGCAACCUCUACGGCACCUACGUGCCUAGCCUGGCACUGAGUACCCUCAACAGCUGCGUGGAUCCCUUCGUCUACUACUACGUGUCGGCCGAGUUCAGGGACAAGGUGCGGGCGGGGCUCUUCCGACGGUCGCCGGGGGACACCGUGGCCUCCAAGGCCUCUGUGGAAGGGGGCAGCCAGGGCAUGGGCACCCACUCCUCUUCGCUCCAGUGACACAAAGUGGGGAAGGCCGUACUGGGUCGAACAGAGUCCCUUCCCCUACUUCAUGUCCUUCUUGGGACCUCAGAAUGUGACUUUAUUUGGAAAUAGGGUCAUUACAACUGUCACUAGUGGAGGUCACUUUGGAGAAGGGUGGGCCUUACAUCCAGUGUGGGUGGUGUCCUCAUAAGAUAAGGAGAAGCCAGGCCUGGUGGCUCACGCCUGAAAUCCCAGCACUUUGGGGGCCAAGGCGGAUGGAUCACUUGAGCCCAGAGGUUCAACGUCAGCCUGAGCAACCUGGUAAAACUCUCUCUCUACCAAAAAUACGAAAAUUAGCUCGGCGUGGUGGCGGGUGCCUGUAAUCCUAGCUACUCAGGAGGCUGAGGCAGGAGGAUCACUUGAACCCAGGAGGCAGAGGUUGCAGUGAGCCGAGAAUGCACCACUAGACUCCAACCUGCGUGACAGAGUGAGACGCUGUCUCUAAAUUAAUUAAUCAAUUUAAUUCAAUUUUUAAAAGACGAAAAGAGAUGGCCAGGUGUGGUGCCUCACGCCUAUAAUCUCAGCAUUCCUGGAGGCGAAGAUGGGAGGACUGCUUGAGGCCAGGAGUUUGGGACCAGCCUGGGCAACACAGAGGGAUCCCAACUCUACAGAAAAAAAAAUUGUUUUUUAAACGAACCAGGCAUUGUGGCACGCGCCUAUAGUCCCAGCCACUCAAGAGGCACAGGCGGGAGGAUCACUUGAGCCUGGGAGGUUGUGGUCGCUGUCAGCUAUGAUUAUACCACUGCACUCCAGCCUGGGCAACAGAGCAAGACCUUGUCUCAAAAAUAAACAAACUAAAAAAAGAAGAUGAGAGACAGCUGGGUGCAGUGGCUCACACCUGCAAUCCCAGCACUUUGGGAGGCCGAGUUGGGCAGAUCACCUGAGGCCAGGAGUUCAAGACCAGCCUGGCCAACAUUGUGAAACCCCAUCUCUACCAAAAAUACAAAAAUUAGCCAGGCGUGGUGGUGGGCACCUGUAGUCCCAGCUACUGGGGAGGCUGAGGCAGGAGAAUCACUUGAACCUGGGAGGCAGAUGUUGUGGUCAACUGAGAUGGUGCCACUGCACUCCAGCCUGGGCAAAAGAGCGACUCUGUCUGCGCCCCCACCGCACCCCCACCGCCAAAAAGAUAAAAAGAAGAGGACACAGAGACACACACAGAAGAAAGCCAUGUGGCGACAGAGGCAGAGAUGGGAGUGGUGCGGACGGACACAAACUUAAGGGAUGCCAAGAUGCCAAGCACAGCCAGCAGCCACCAGCAGCCACCAGCAGCCAUGAGCCAGGCCUGGGACGGGCUCUCCCUCACAGCCUCCGGAGGGAACCAGCCCUGCGCCACCCUGACCUUGGACUCUGGCCUGCAGAAUUGAGAGAUAAUAAACUCCCAUUGUUUUAA